AUGUUUGCUUUUACUCUGUAUGAUUCAGCUAUUAAUUUUUACAUCACUCUUUCAUAGGAUUCUGAAAUAACUGCUAUUAUAAAGUUCAUGAAAACUAUAUUCAAAGUUAUUACUGCUAAUACCCAGAUUAACCAAGAAAGUACUACUAACCCAUUUCCUAAACUAUGGAAAUCUUCAACCUAAAAAUCCCCAGAUGAAAUUCUGAAGGCCAUCAGAAAAUAUGCUAAUUUAUUCAUGCCAUUAUAUUCAUCAAUUUCCUAAGCUUUAAAAAUGACUAAGAAGAGUAUCCCAAACAGAAUAAUGAAAAUCAAAAAGAAAAACAAGAAGUAUUUUAGAUCUCUGAAUACACUAGACAGCAUUUAAACUAAGAAGCUGAAGCCAUCAUAAAUUCUCAAGAAAAAUAAUAAGGAAAAUCAAAAUAAUUCCACCCAUAAUUAAAAUAUUCUUUUCUUUAAGCUCUGA